CGAAUCCAGUCCACCAAAGGUACAUCGAGCCCUAAGCUGUCGCUCCUAUCUGUCUUUGGCAGGUGGGCUGGCAAGAUGCUCCCCCCCCCCCCUAAAUGGCUGGUCGAUAAAUUGUCUCAAGUCUUCGACGCGGUUCUUUUCUUGUUCUACUAUCCUUUACAUCCUGAUAUCUCACCAUUUCAUCCAGCACAAUCAUCAACAUGUCUCUUGGAAAAACCGCUACACUCAACACUGGUGCCAAGAUCCCUCUUCGAGGAUACGGUACCUGGCAAGCCGAGCCCGGCCAGGUCGGUGAGGGUGUCUACCUUGCAUUGAAAGCCGGUUACCGUCACAUUGAUCUCGCCAAAAUCUACCAAAACCAGAAAGAAGUUGGCGAGGGUCUCCGUAAGGCGCUCAAGGAGCUCGGUAUCAAGCGUGAGGAUGUUUUUAUUACCUCCAAACUGUGGAACAGCCAAUUCCACCCGGAUGUUGUCGAAGCUGCCUUGGACGACACACUCCAAGAACUCGGCUUGGAAUAUCUCGAUCUCUACUUGAUCCACUGGCCAGUUGCAUUCAAGUCUAACAAGCAAAUCAACGACUUCUUCCCUCGUGAGGCUGGAAACGAGAAGGUGGUUGCGAUUGACGAUGAGAUCUCCAUCAUCGAUACCUGGACAGCUGUGACAAAGUUGCCCAAGAGCAAGGCUCGAGCUGUCGGUGUUUCUAACUACAACAUUGAGCACAUCGAAGCCAUCAUCAAGGCCACCGGCGUCGUUCCCGCCGUCAAUCAGAUUGAGCGUCACCCCUAUCUCCCCAACCCACCUUUGAUUGAAUACGCCAAGGAGAAAGGCAUUCACAUCACCGGAUACUCGGGCUUCGGAAACAACUCAAUCGGCGAGCCUCUCAUCAUCACUCGCCCCGAGGUCAAAUCAGUCGCAGAAGCCGCUUCAAAGCGUACCGGAACAACCGUCACUCCUGCCCAGGUCGUUCUUGCAUGGGCCCAAGUCGGCGGCCACAGCGUAAUCCCCAAAUCAGUCACCGCAUCCCGUAUCGUCGAAAACCUCACCGAUGUCGAGCUCUCAGCCGACGAGAUUGCUGCUAUUGAUGCGCUCGGAAAGGAGAAUAAGCGCUUCAAUAUUCCUGGUGCUUACUAUGAUCCUUUGUGGCCUAUUAAUAUCUUCCAUACGCCGGAGGAGGAGGCUCAUCCUGAGUUUCACAAGGUUGUUGUCUCUAAAUAGGACGAUCUGAUAUUCGUAUAUAGUCAAAUUAUAGUUAGAAUUACACGCAGAUGAAUAUAGAGC